AUGAACGGUGUGACUAUAAAUAAUGGCAUCUCGAACGACGGUAGUCCUGCAAUGCCUGUAACGCUUGCGAUCAUCGGCUGUGGACAACGAGGGAGUGGUUAUGCAGAGUACGCUCUCAAAGCGCCAGACAAAUGCAAGGUCGUUGCAAUCGCAGAACCUCGUCCAAAGACCCGUACAGCGAUGAUUGCCGAACACGCCGUCGACCCAAGUCUCGUCUUCAACACUUGGGAAGAACUUCACGCCGCUUCUGCUGAAUCACUCAAGACAUGCGGAAAGCGCCUCGCUGAUGCUAUAGUUGUUGCCGUUCAGGACAGGAUGCACUGUUCUGUUGUACUCGCGUUUGCUACACAAGGAUAUGAUUUGCUGUGCGAGAAACCGAUGGCUACGACUAUUGAGGAUUGCGUGCGUAUGGCUGAUGCCGUCAAGAAGGUCGGUAUUAUUUUUGGAAUGGGACAUGUACUGCGCUAUUCACCGUACAGCAGAGCCAUGUCAGAAGUGAUCCAUUCAGGUUCGCUAGGAAAGUUAAUCAAUAUUCAACAUCUUGAACCCGUUGGCUAUUAUCACUUCGCACAUUCCUACGUACGUGGUAACUGGUGCAAGGAAGAAGACGCUUGUUUCUCACUAAUGACGAAGAGUUCCCAUGAUAUCGAUAUCAUUUGCAGCAUGCUCGCUCCAGCAACACCCAUCCGUGUAACGUCUUUCGGUUCACUUCAGCAUUUCAAGAAAUCAGAGAAACCACCCGCUGCGGGGUCGGCGACACGUUGUCUUGACUGUCCGAUUGAGAGUGAAUGUCCGUAUAGUGCAAAGAGCAUAUACCUUGAUCGAGUGAAGAAUGGAUAUAAAGGAUGGCCGAGCAGUACCAUUGUCGAUGGAGUACCAGAUAUCGAGAACAUCACAGAAGCGUUGCAGACUGGUCCAUAUGGCAAGUGCGUCUACGAGAGUGACAACGACGUUGUAGACAAUCAAGUAGUAAAUAUCGAGUUUUCCUCAGGCGCAACCGUUUCUUUUACAAUGGUUGCCUUCACCACACUGAUCUGUGACCGACAAACACGUCUACACUUCACGCACGGCGAAAUAGUAGGUGACAUGGAGAGUUUCACAGUAACAGAUUUCCGGGUCCCGAAAUUGUACAACCCACAACUCGAAGGUGGCGGACAUGGCGGUGGAGACCUCGGAUUGAUAUCUACUUUCGUUGAGGCUGUGAGGACGAGGAAACAGGACGUACUUGGUGUUGACGUUGAGGGCAUUUUGAGGAGCCAUCUUACAGUCUUCGCGGCGGAGAAGAGUCGGCGGGAAGGUUGUGUUGUUAAUGUGGCUGACUUUGAGAAGGAGAUGGCAGCGCGUUUCCUUGGUGCAUCUAAUUGA